GCAUGAUGAUGAUUUGUGACCCGCUUCGGGCCUCAAAAAAGUCUAAACCGAUUGAACCCUUCCCACUCGCCCGACCCCCCUCCCUGUACUGUGUGAGGCAUGCCACGUCUGGUCCCGGGACAAGGGAGGCAUGGGAGAGGGGCGGAGGGUCCGGCAGCCGCUCUUAUCUCUUGGUCCGCAACUUCAAAGCUCCGGGAGGAUUUUCUGGUGAAGCCGUUGAUCGUCGCGCACCACCCAGCAGCUAAACACCCCCCGUCUGUCCGUCCGGCGCGCGCGCGCCUGGCACCUCUCGGCGCAGUCGGCGCGAUCCACUCCCGUGAGACAUGGACGACGCCCGGAGCCUCCUUGGCGCCGGAGGCUCGAGGACAACCUUGAACACAUACGCUCGCAGGCAGCCAGGCCCCCCGGGAGGAUGGAUGUAUGGAUGGUGGGGAGGGGAAGAGAAAGACAAGCCCUGCACGGUGAAGUCAAACGGCAUGGAUCAGUGUCGCCUCCUUGCCGCGUAGAGCUUUUCCCUGACGACUGGAGCCCGUGUCCUUGACGAAGGGGGGGCGUGGCAUCAACGGUUCCUCCAUUCAUUGAUAAGUGGGCAUGCCUGCCAGAAGGUUGAAUUGUUUAUGCCCUCGAUUCCCAUGUCUCCUCUCCGUUCCUUUGCCGACAUAUCUGCUGCCGCCUCGGGUUCAAAGUACGGCCUCAAUGUUGAUGCUUUUAUAUUUGAGCGCAUAAUCUCGACAAGAGAAUAUAAAAAGGAGAAGGAAAACGAACUCUUGAUACCCACAAGCCUCGCGCGUGGCCCUGCUCUCUUUCUCUCUUCGCCCGCCCUGCAUCGUGAGUUGAGUUUGAGGCCUCACCAGCCCCAAUCCCAUCAUGUAUGCCAACGGCCUCCCUCGGAACCCCUCGCAGCGAUCGCAGGCCUCGCAGGACUGGACCGACUCGAACCAGUCGACGCGGAGGAACUCGGCCGAGUCACGAAGGUCCCUGCACGCCGGGCAAGACUGGGCGCCCCUUGGCCGAGGCGUCAUGUCCAGCAGUAACAACAUCAACAACAACAACAACAACAAUGGCAGCUACAAAAACACCAACGACAUGGCCGACAAGUACGGCCGGUCAGACAACGAAAAGGUCUCGAGGGCCCCCGGUUACGACGCCGAGGUGCCCGGCUUCCACGACUCUCACGUCGGCCAGCAACAUCAGCAUGAGCAGCAACAGCAACAACAACAACAUCAAGACGACCAUCACGGGCACGACCAUGCGGGCUCGCAGGUCGACAUCUACGACCCCAACCGCCCCAAGCUGGGCUUCAAGCAGCGCCUGCACCACUUCACCUGGGCGUGGUACACGCUGCCCAUGAGCACGGGCGGCCUCUCGCUGCUCAUCUUUGCGCAGCCGCACCAGUUCCCCGGCCUGCGCUCCAUCGGCCUCGCCGUCUACAUCAUCAACAUCCUCAUCUUCACGGCCGUGACGGCGCUCAUGGCGGCGCGCUUCAUGCUGCACCCGGGCGACAUGGCCGCGUCGGUCAAGCACCCGCGCGAGGGCUUCUUCUUGCCCACCUUCUUCCUGGCCGUGGCGACGCUCAUCACCAGCACGAACCGGUACGCCAUCCCCCCCAACGACGUCGGGCUCGUCUGGGCCAUCCAGGGCGCAUUUUGGGCCUACGUCGUGGCCACGCUGCUGCUCGCCAUCGGCCAGUAUAGCUUCGUCUUCGCCGCCCACAGCUUCACCCUCAACACCAUGAUGCCCACCUGGAUCCUGCCCAUCUUCCCCAUCAUGCUCUCCGGCACCAUCGCCUCCGUCAUCGCCGCCACCCAGCCCGAGAUCGUCGCCGUGCCCAUCAUCGUCGCCGGGUUGACGUGCCAGGGCCUGGGCUUCUCCGUCGCCCUCAUGAUGUACGCGCACAUGGUCGGCCGCCUCAUGCAGGCCGGCCUGCCCAACCGCGAGCACCGUCCCGGCUUGUUCAUGUGCGUCGGCCCGCCUGCGUUCACGGCUCUGGCCGUCAUCGGCAUGGCCAGCGGGCUGCCCAAGAACGUGGACCCGGACAUGGACGGGCGUAUGUUCGACCAGGGCAUCAUCCGCACCAUCGCCCUCAUGAGUGCCAUCUUUCUCUGGGCCCUGAGCCUCUGGUGGUUCGGCAUUGCCUUCGUCGCCGUCAUCCAGUCUCCCCCAAAGUAUUUUCACCUGGGCUGGUGGGCCAUGGUCUUCCCCAACACGGGCUUCAUCCUGGCCACCAUCACCAUCGGCAACGAGUUGGGUAAUGAGGGCGUAAAAUGGGUGGCGACGGGAAUGAGCAUCCUGCUCCUAAUCGUAUAUUUCUUCGUCUUCUACAGCCAGGUCCGGGCCAUCCUAUCGCAGGACAUCAUGUAUCCCGGUCGGGACGAAGACGUCGAGGACCAUUGAUCUGCUACAGCCAAGAAAACAACCAGUAUAGGCAAUCAGUGCCUUUGCGGACCUGCGUGUGCAUUUUGCUCAUCAUCACUUCUCUCACAUUUUUACUCGCCUCGGGGCCAGCUGGCGGGUCCUUUCUCUGCACAGUCUUUUAUUACCCUUUGUCUUUGGCCAGCGGCAUUGAGAUUGACCCGAGCAUCAAAAAGAACCGGGCAACACACGGCGUUUGCGGAUGGAUGCUCUAUCUACAUCGAGAGCUAAAAGAAAUCGGAAUGCCAGGAUUCCUGUGUGUCUGGCUUAUAGUUUCAUACCUCGUUUGAUCGACGCUAUUACAUGGCAAUUAUAUUUGGCACUUUUGCCCCAUGUCCACGCUCUGCUCUCUGUGUGCUUUGAUAGCAAUGAUGACGCCAC